ACCACUGUAUUACAAUACACACGAAAAUACGGCAAACAUCCGAACGGUUGGUCUGCAAACAUACACAGUAUAAUAUAUAUAUACGCGGCGGUUCACACGGAACAUAAUAUACUGGCGACGACGCCGCGCAGUGUUGCACGAACAGCGUGCUCGUGAAGGACGCGUCGCGUCAAAAUUAUAAUUAUUGUAGUAUACUUUUUUUUUACACUCACCUAUUAUCGUUAUACAUUUACCAUUAUUGUCAUUAUUAUUAUUAUUAUUAUUAUUGCAGAAAUAUUAGGUACUUAUAUUCCGCGCCGUUUUUCGGGAGCCGUCGACCGCGUUUGUGACAUUACGAUUUUUCCCGUCGACCGUAUACCACUAUAAUAAUAAUAUUCACCGAUUUAUCAAUACUAUUAUUACGUCGACAGAAAAAUCCGUCGAUUCCGAAACAGUGAUGAAUUUAACGUUUUUCGCUGCCCGCCAAAACACUACAGCAUCACGUCCGGACACAGGUACGUAAGUACCCACCACCUACGGUAUAACACCGUCUAUAAUAUAGGUAUCUAUAAAGUAUAAUAACACCCUGUACUCGAAAUUUAAUGGCCUUUACUUUUAUACGCAUUUAUCGCAUUAGAACCGUAACACAAAUAAAUUAUUAUUCCCGAUUGUUAUUAUUAUAAACAGUUAUUUUAAUUUCUUGUCAAACUAUAUACCUAUUGUUGUAGUUGUAGUAUAUACGAACAAUAUUAUGAUAAUUUGUGGUGUAUUGUAUGCCUUUAUAUUAUAGCGUACAAAUUAUGAUGAUGUCGAAAUUUAUUAUUACGAUUUUGAGUCAUAAUUUAUUUUAUUUUUUUUUUUUCAUACAUUGAUCUAUAAAUUUAAAAAUAUUGUCACGCGCAUUUAUAAGACGUUUAGAUGACAGGGUAAAAUACCAUUAUUGCCAUGCAGUGAUAUGAAACGCGAGUUCGAUGAACAUACUUUUUGUCCAUUUAAAAUUAUGUAUUAAAAUCGAGUAAUAGCGAAAAUAAUAUGCAACAUAAAAAAUGAUAUUAAUAAAAUAAGUUAAAACAAAAAAAUUGUUCAAUACUUAAUACAGAAAUAUACUUACACUAUAAUUAAAAUGGCAAAUUAAACGCUGUUCCUUCUGAAAGUUAUUAAAAAAAAAAAAUUAUUUGAGCCGCCUUCUAGUAAUAUGUCGACGCAACCAUUUUUUUUUAUCAAAUUAUUUUAUGUAAAAUUAUUUAUUUCAAUUUCGUUUUUCGUUUCAUCAUUCUUCUUUUUUUUUUUUUCUAUCAUUUGAAUGAAUUGACAUAUGUGUUUAUCAGCUAAUGAGUAAACAACAACAAAAAUAAAAAUGAAUCGAUUACAAAGUUAAGUAAAUAAAUAAGUUUCUAUCUAUCAUAAUUUAUAUAUAAUUGAUCUUAUUAAAAACUUAAUUAGUAGGUCAUAUAAUUAAUUAACUAUAAUAAUAUUUGAUCAAACAUUUAAAUAUUGAAUCUAAAUAUAGUAAAUGUAUUAUGUUUUAUGAGAAUUUAGUAUUUAUAUAAUUUAUGCCUAAUACGAUAAAGCUGAUUUUUUUUUACGAAUAUCGAAAAACAUUAAAAAAAAAUUAUGAUAGGAGGGUAAUUCGCAUAUUGGAAGUACCUACAUAAAAAUUAAUGACUACUAUACAGCCUGACAAAAUAUUUCUUUGCUUUUCCUUCUUUUCACAAUUUUGAAGGUAUCUUAAAAAAUAGACUCUUAAAAAUACUUUUAUGUUUAAUUACUUAUUUAAUAUUGUAAUAAUUGAUGUAAAUCUAGUUAGGUUAGUUAGUUUUCGAGACAUUUUUUAAUUUGUUAAACUUUUGGGGUUUUUUUCGGGAUUUUUUGCACAGUUCCUUUAAAAUAACAUUCAUCAAAGGAUAAUCAGUUAUUACACCAGUAUCAUGUCUAUCGAAAUCGGCACCCGAUGCCAGAAAAAUUUACCGAUGAGCAAAAAAAAAAAAAAAUCGAAAUUUGUCCGUUGGACGUUUACUGAUACGUUCAAUUACAGAAUUCUAACAAUUUUCAAUGGCACCCCUGUGGUCAUAGUGCCCAGUGCGUGGACACCUCUCGCACCCCCUAGGCGUGGCCCUGAAUGAUACCAUGUAUGAAGUCCUCGUUGAACGGUCAAAUUCAUCAAUCAAUUAUGAGUAAUAUAAUGUCUUAAUGUCUACUUAAUUAAACCAAUAAAACUAAAAGUAUCAUUAAGACAAAACGUUUUUUUAUUUGUUUGAUCAUGGUGUGGCAUAUUAUUAAAUUAGGUAGGUAAUUAUUUCAGAUAGUUUUCAAAUAAUUAAUUAAUGAUGGGAAAACGUUUUUAAUGCUUAUUUUAGGGGUUUUAAAUCUAUAAGUACUUGCAUAUUUAUUGUUUUUUUUUUGAGUUACGUGUUCUCUGCCCUAAUAAUAGGGAUAUAAUAUCUAUAAUAUAAAAUGUAGAGGACAAUUUUAGAUAUCACCGCUGCAAAAUUAGAUUGUGCCUAUAGUUAUAUUUUUAUUUAAUAAUUCAUAUAAAAAUAAAACAUUUUAUAAUAAAAUGUUGGAAUACUAGUAAGCUCCUGUAAUCAAUCAUUUAUUUUUGGCAUCUUGAACGAGUUGCUAACUAAUUACUGAAAUAAUUUAAUGGCAAAGAGGCAUGUUUAUUUAUUGGCAGCAAUUUGAUAGUUUGACCAUUUGAUUAUUAUUAUUAUUACCUACAUAGUUAAGUAAUUGUUAUAUUAUUUUAUACCUAAGGAAUAGUUUUAUAUUUAAGUGUUAAAUCUAUAUAAUUUUCAAAGUUAUAUACUUUAAAACUAUUAAUACUGCAAUUUAUAAAAUAAGUAGGCAUAAUACUAUUUAAGAUUUGAGGAUCAUUAUUAACUAUUAUCAAAUAUCCAAUGUUUCUGUAGGUACAUGGAUAUUUAUUAACAAUGGAUAUACCUAUGAAAAAUGUACUAGUACAUUUAUGUGUAUGUAUUAGUGUUUAGAUAGAUAGAUACUUUUUAUGACCUAUCUUUGUUUAUGCUUUAUCUUAUUAUUAAAAUAAUAAAAUUACGUAGGUACCUAAUAAAAAAUAUUAUUCAUGAAAUACAUAAGAACACUAUAAAACUAUAAGUUGGUAUGAUUAAUUUUUGGUUUAAAGUAUUACAGCUUCUUCUUAGUUUAGGUAUUUAAUACUUUGGUAGUUACAAUAAUAAUUAAUAUACUUACACAACUACAUUCGAUAUCUUAUCACUGUUAAUUCAAACCAAUUACUGAAAGUAAUUAUUGCCAUGCUCUUUGUGUCAAUAGCAUCAGCGGAACACAGUUUUUCAACAUUAAGAAGAUUCAAGACGUAAUUAAAAAAUCCCUCAUUAGGAAGUCAUCUUAUGGAUUUGGAUUUAUUAAAUAUUUACAGAGAUAAAUUAAUAUUCGACGAAAUCGUUUUGAAUAUGUUCGUUGAUAGUGCAAAAGCUUGACAACUACAAUUCAUAAUUUAUAGAUUUAAGUAACUUACCCAUACAUUUAAUAAUUUAAAAUAAAAAAAUGUGAUCCACUUAUAUAAAAUAAAUAUGGUAAAAAACUACAUAUUUAAAUUUAUGACGCUGGUUUGUAUAUUAAGCCGGUUCCACAUGACUCAUGUACUUGGCGAGCAUCGUUAUCGCGCAUGUUCGUCGAGUAUUUUGAUUUGACGAUUAUGUCACUCCUAUACACGACUCGAACAUUGGCCGAUCUUCGUGACUUCAUGCACUUGCCGAUCAUUAUCCGAUCAUCGCAUAUACUUUAUUUGUCAUCGCCAAUACUUAAAACAUGUCAAAAUAGUUAGUGGUGGGCAAGGACAAGUCAUGUGGGAAACUCCACGAUUACUAUAAUAAGUAAAUACGAUUAUUUAUAAUUCCCGUUGACUCGUGUCACAUAUGCCGACAACCGAUGGGAAAUGACGAAUGGCUCGGUGAGUAAAAAUAAUCGCCAUACUUGACUAUUAAACGCCUCUUACGCGAUUCGUAAAGCAUCACGAUUGACGAUUUAAAAUAGUAGGUAAUAUUUAUAAUCAAUGGUAACCCUUACUGAAUCCGCUGCAAAAAAGUUAAAUCUACAUCAAUGUUAUAAAAUUAUAAUAAUAAGGUAAUUGUUUAAUCAACAUUAAUACAGUAGAUUCAUGUCGAGCGUCGCUAUCUCGAAUUGUUCAUUUUCUCGAACUACAUUGAAAUCUCCUAGAAAGCGUUUUACUUUCGAUAACUCAAUAGAAAAUAAUAAAUCGUUUUUCCUUAUCUCGAGUGCAUAAAUAAUUUUAUUACGGUAAGAACAGAAAAUUGUGCAGUACAUUCAGUAUAGUGAUUGUGAUUACGUGCUUUGGUAGUCGAUAUUUACAUUCGUUCGUACAAUAUAGCGGAAUGGAAAAUAAGUGUGAAUUAAAUGACCUUUCAAUUUCGGACAAAGUUCGUUUAAUACAAUUAGUUGAAAAAAGUGACCGUAAAAAUGUAAAAUCACCAAUAAAUUUAACAUUCCACCAAAUACAUUAUCGUCAAUUAUUAACCAGAAAAAUAAAAUUCUGAAUUUCAAUUAUUAUGGAAAUAUGAAAAAAAAAAGGGGGGCGACUCCUUAUUUGGACAUCAAUAAAUGUUUAUUAAAAUGGUUUACUCAAUGCCGAGAUAAAAACAUACGAUUAAAUGGAACAAUUUUACUUGAAACAGCAAAUUAAUAUGCACAACAACUAGGACACACUAAUUUUAAAGUUAGCAGUGGUUGACUUAGAAAUUGGAAGAAAAAACAUGAUGUAGUUUAUCGAAAAGUUUGUGGAGAAUUUGAUUCAGUAGACACACAUUAUUGUUCAAAUUGGAUAGAGCAAUAAGAAUGUCUGAUAAGGCUUGAAGAAGAGUAACAUUUUGUUGCCGAUCAUCUUAAUUUAAACGACAGAACUUUUUCCCAUUAUGUGAAAAUGGAUAACAAUGUAAUGUGGAACAUGGAAAGAUAAAGCAAUUUUAUCAGAAACCAUCGAAAAUCCCAACGAGAGUGAUGACGAACCACAAAGUGAGGAGGAAGUCACUACAGUUACAAUUCAACAUGCUUUAGAAACAUUAAGAAAUUUUGUUGAGACUGCUACAGGUAUUAUAUUGAGCUAUGGAUGAUGGCGCUUUUUCUGCAAUAUUCAAUUUGGAAGACAUCGUGGAAGACAGAAAUAUUACAAAACAAUCUUCAAUGACAGAAAAAAAAAUGUAUUUAUUUAUUAUUGUAGUUCAUUGAUGUGUAGGUAUGUAGUAUUAAUAUUAAAUUUUUAAUUAUUUAAAUUAUGUAUUUUAAGCGUUCAAAUUAUUUGCCGACUUUUCAAUUUUUUUAUACAUUUUAAUAAAACUCGAUAUCUCGAACUUUUUCCUAUUUCCCUUGAGAUUCGACACAACAAGAAUCUACUGUAUACAUCUGUUAUGUGACGAGUUCUGUUAUAUGUAUAACACGUCAAAUAAAUUUAAACAAUAAUGAAAUAUCUCUUUGGUACAAUCACAUACGAGUAUAUAUAUAUUAUAUUUUGUUCGACAGUGUUUAAUAAAUUACCUAUCUAUUCAAUGGUUCAUUGAUGCGUAGAAAUAAUAAUAGUCCAACUCAUUAAAUAUUUAAGUAAUCCAAUUGAAUAAAUCAUACUUUAUAAUAAUAUUCUAUAUAACAAAAAAAAAAAUAAUAAAACCCAACGUAAAAAUUAAAAACAAUUAUAACACAAAUAAGUUGUACUUACAAGUGUAUAAAAAGGGCAUAAGAUUAUAGUCAUACUAUUAAUAAGAAAAUAAUUUCGAAAUUCAAAUACAAUAAAAGCUAUGUUGCGAUUUUUAUAUUAUUUUUACAGAUUUGUAACCAUAAAAUAUUCAUUUAUGCAACUCCUCAAACCCAAUAAAAUUAAUUUUCAAAUGAUAAAAAUAAUUAAAAAUUAUAUACAAACUGCUGGCAUGGGUUUUGGCUCGAAUUUCCAAUAUACGGGUGCCAGAGUGACAAAGCUCACAAUAAGUAUCAAUAAUCUUUUAUUUCUAUCACAUUGUAUUUUAAUUUAAAACAAUUAUGAGACACUAGUAAAUAAUUAGGUAUUUCAUUUACAAUUUACAAUGAAUUACAAAAAAAAAAAUGUAUUCAUUUUUUUAAUAAAUUGUUUUAUUUAUUUUACACAUACGAGAAUCAUCCAUUCAAAUUACAAUAAACAAUUUAAAUCAUUCAUCGCGUACGUAUGUGUUAUAUCAAAACGUAAAAUGUUCUUCAUAAAAAUAAAUAAUCUGAUACGCCCUGAACACUAAAGCGAAAAUAAUAUGAUUUGUAGAUUUCUAAAAAUGUGAAUGACGUUAAAGUUAUAAAUAUAUUUGUUAAUAUAAUGUAUAUUAGCAUAUAGAUUUAUUUAUGUUAUUAUUUAAGAUUUAUACCUAAAAGUAUACUUGCUUUAAAAAUAUGUAUAGGGCUCAUAUUUUAACGUUUUAAAAAUAUGAUAAUAAUUAACUUGCAUUAUUAUUUAAAUACACAGAUAUAGGUUCCCCUGAAAUUAUUUACUAGUUGAAAGCUGUAAAUAACUACAUAUAAUAUUAUGACGUAUUAGUAUUGUUAAAAAUUCUUUAGUAUACCUACCUACCUAUAAGUGAUAUAACAAACUUGAACUUAAUAACAUGAAAGAUAAUAAAUCAAAAAUUGAUAUUGCAUUAUGCGAUGUGUUAUUACAACUUUGAAAUUACGGUAGAUACCUCGAUAAAUAACAAAACUAUAAUAAUAAGUUAAUAAUAAAGUACAAUCAUCAUUAUAUUAUUAGGUGUAUGAGUGGCCUAUUUAUUUUGAAUCAAUAACAGUCCAUCAAAUGUACUUAUAAUUUGUCAUUCUAGUUAAUAUUGUACGUCGGUUUGCUGGCAAAUGCUAUGCUCUUGGCCUGCUGUCAAGUCACCAGUAUAUUAUGAGUGUGUAUAUGGAGAUGCAUAAAAAUUUGACCAGUCGACGUCGUCAUUUGGUCGGGUGCGUUAUUGCAUUUGUAUAAGUCACAAAAUAAUAUUGUAUACCGGGAUAGGGUUGAAUUAUAGCUGAUUCGGAAUCAAUAAUAUUACAACAGUUUAGGUAAUAUCCAUUUAAAAUAAUGCCUUCAUAACCAAAAUAAUGUUCUAUUAAAUUAUGCAAUAAUUAUGAACUUAAUGUAUAUUAUGAAACAAAUUAAUUUUCGAACUACCUAUAUAGGACAAUUUCAAUCUUAUCUCGCGCGUUCAAAAUUCUAUUAAUUAUAGUCAAAAGGAGAUUAAAAAAUAAAAACGAAAAAAAACAUAUAUCACGAUCAAUUUGGUUUUAGAAAAAGGAUAUAAACGAGAGAGGCAAUUUUCUAUUUAAGACAGUGGCGUACCUAUGCUGGACAAAGGGAUAUUCCUCUCACGUGGUCCGUAUAAUUAUUAUAUGUGUACAUUGUUACCUAUAGUGAUGAACUAAAAUAACAGUAACAGAUAUGUAUAACAGUUAUUAUGAGAUUAGAAAUAAAGACCUGUUACUUGGAAGAAAAAAUAACUUUUAUUGUUAUUUUUUGGUUUGGCUGUUACUGUUACUGUGACUGUUAUAUCAAUUAUGCCAAUAAUCAAUAGACCUAUGUCAUAUAUACAGACUUUGAAAAAGCUUUUGACAAAAUUAAUCAUAAUCUUUUAAUACAAAAAAUUAAGAAAAUAGGGUUUUCCGACCUUUUAUUUUCAUGGCUAAAUUCAUUUUUAAUCAAAAUAUUCCAAUUUGUAAAAUAUAAAAUUUUUAUUUCCUAUCCAAUUUCAGUUAUAUCCGGUGUCUCACAAGGAGACCACCUCUCCCCGUUAUUAUUCGAUUUAUUCAUUAACGAUAUUAUUUUUUCAAUUAAACAUUCUAAUAUUCUUCUAUUAGCUAAUGAUGCUAAAAUUUUCAAGUGUAUAAGAAAUACAGCAGAUGCAGAACUACUUCAACAAUAUUUAACUAGCUUUUAAAAUUGAUGUAUCUCAAAUGAUAUAUCCCUUAAUAUUAAUAAAUGUCAAUGAAUCCCUUUUUCUAAAAAAUAUAAUUUUAUUUCCAAUGAAAAGUUCUUCUACCAAAAUUUAUUUCGGUUCUACCCAAGUUACAGAUCUUGGAGUAAUCUUUGACUCAAAUCUUUUAUUUAAUCCCCAAAUAUUAGCAGAAAAAAAAUCUCUUUCAUUAAUUAGCAUGGUUAAGCAUAAUUGCUCAAGCUUUAAGAAUCGAUUUACAUUAAAAUGUCUUUACACUUCAAUCGUUCGUCCUAAAUUAGAGUACGCUCCAAUCGUUUGGGAAACAUAUAACAUCGAUCAUGGUAAACAAAUAGAAAAAAUUCAAAAUAAUAUGCUUCGUUUUAUCUGUUUUAAAAGCAAUUUAUAUAAACCUCCUCACUAUGGAUUUGAUGCCAUUCUUAAUUUUUUAAAUUGAAAAACCAUUUAAAGAUCGAAAAAAACAGUUUUAUAUAACUUUCUUAUUUAAAACUACUUAAUAAUAAAACAAACCAAACCUCCCAUCUAAACAAUAUUACUCUAAAAGUAAAUAAACAUAACAUUCGUAAUAAAGAAUUAUUUUAUAUAAAAUAUUAUUCUCAAAACUAUAUGUCGUGUACACCUAUAAAUAUCUUGCUAUCUACUAAGAAUUCUGUAAAUCAUUUAGAUUUCUUUUACUCUAUUAAUCGAACUUAAUAACACUUAUUAUUAUAUACUUAUUUGUGUUUUAUCUUUUAUUUUUUUAUUGUUUAAUAUAUUUUAGUAUCUAUGAUACAUAAUGUACCUAUUCUAUAUUGUAUUUAUAAUCUACACUAUUAUCUAAUUAUAUAUAUAUUUCUAUAUAAAUUGAAAUGAUGUCUGUUAAAUAAACAAAUAAACAAAUAUCGGAUUGAACUUUCUGGUAGAAAAAAUGUUCACAUAAAAAAAUAAAAAAAUAAAAAAUAUUCAUCUUUGUAAAACCAAUAUAUUCUUUGCUCCAUUUAGAAUCUAAAAUAUGAAAGCAACAACGGCCCUAACUGCUCUAGUUUUAAUUUUAUUUAUCUAUUUUUUAUGCUUAUAAAAACAAAAUUUUAGCUUGUUGAAAUCUUACUCUAAUUAUCAACUUCAGAGAUGGUUUCUGGUAGCAAAUUUUGUAUAGUGGUACAUUGAAGAGGUGAUUUUUGGAUAUGCUUAAUGAAAAAAUACUUCUUUAGGCUCGAUUUUUUUUACCACUAAAUACAACGUGUAAUGUAUAACCGUGUUAAUUUGUCAAACAUAAAACCAAAUAAAAACUAAAAACCUCAACAAUUUAAAAUAGCUAAGUCUAGGUAUAUAUCAUAACUAAAAAGUUGUCAAAACGGUUUGAUAUUUUUACAACGUAGAAAAAAUUAUUUUAUGAAAAUUGCUCGUCGAUUAUUUAUGACCUAUUCGUAUUUACAGUUAAAAAUAAAAAAAAUUGAAAAUAACAGAAACCGCUAUACCAUAAAUUUUUUCCUAAGAUUAUUCCUCAAUUAUUCAGAAAAUUACUAAGAAAACCAAAUUAUUGUUUUCAGAAAAGAUACUAUACUUUUAGAUCUGAUUAUGAUGUUUGAUUGUUAACAAACAUAAAAAUAAUAAUAAAAUACGCAUGGUAUUUUUUUUAUAACUAAUACAUGAAAAUUUACUGAAACGUCUCUAUCUUAAUAUAUCUAGGUAACCACUUAUCAAAACAUUUACUAAGCGGGAUUGGGAAAAAAGAAAACAAUUGAAUAAAAAGAAACGGAAAAAAGCAAGUAAAAAAAAGCGAAUAAAAAAAAGCAAUAUAUUUAUUUUAAAUAUAUACAAAAAGUAACAUUAUUGGCUAGAACUACAUAAUAUUAUAUAGUACCAUAUAAUAAAUACUUACACUAUAUUUUAAUACCAUUGACUAUAUUAUAUAUUCAAUAAUAAUAUUUUAAAUGUUUUCACAAAAAUAAUUAUCGGGACAAGUUAAAUCUGCAGUCCAUAAUUGAAAGUAACAAAAAUAACUAUUAUUGUAGUACAAAAUAUAUGUUACAAUCAACUUAAAAUAAACAGCAUAUAUAGCAUAUAGUGAAAAAAAUAAAUUAUGUAAACAUUUUUAUCUCAAAAUAAGAACAGUUAGAAAAAAUAAAUUUGUAUUUAUACGAGUAUGAUUUAUAAUUUAUAAUUAUUUAUUCUUAAAAAUCAAUAAGUAUAUAAAGUAUAUUAUUAUUGGCACAUUAUAUAUUAAGCCAUAUGAAAUAAUAGUACAUUACAUCAUGCAUAGAUAAAAUAAUAAAAUAUUUGUAUAAAAUUCAAAAAAAAAAUUCCAAAUUUAAAAAUAAAACGACUACAUCUAUUUUACAGAUAGAGUGUAAAAAAAUAUGUAUUUAUUUUAAACGUAUGUGACGUAUACAACGUUUGAGAAAUUUUUGAUAUAAUUAUUAACGAUAAUUUUUAUUAACUAUAACUGGCAUCCGGCUUAUGCUAUAUAAUUAAAUAUGCUAUAGCCAUAGCUUUAUUUAAAUUGAUUUUUAUAUAUUUUGUACUUAUGUUACAAUAAUAGUCAUUUUUGUUACAUUCGAUUUCGAUAACUUGCUCCGAUAAUUAUUUUUGUGAAAACAUUUAUUGAAUGUAUUAUAAUAUAGUCAAUAGUAUUAAAAUAUUGUGUAGGUACUAUGGUACCUUAUAGAUGGUGUAUGGUAAUAUAUAAUAUGUAAUACUAAACAAUAUUACUUUUUAUAUUAUAAUGUGUAAAAUAAAUAAAUUGCUUUUUUUUUACUUGUUUUUUUUCCUAAACUCGUACUAGGCAUAUUUAUACAAGUUACUUUCCUCUUUAUGUGACGAUGUACAUUGUACUUCCCAAAAAAUUGCUCUAGUAACUUGUUAACUUGUCACUCGAGUACUAAACACGUAUAUGGUAACCACUAGUCACGAUUCAGCUAAGCUUUCUGAAAAAUAUUUACGUUAAUAAAAAAAAAUACAACUUCUUUUCAUAAAAAUUUUGGCAGAUUGUACGGGUUUUAUAUUAUACACUAUAAUAGUCUGUCUGGCACAAUAUAAUGAAAAUCACAAUGCAUUAUCUUUCCAAUCGAAUCCAUUAUAAAUUCAACUAAUUUUAUAUUGCAUAUUAUUAUUAUUAUAUUUCGAGUACAACACGCCUCACGACGCUAUCGUGUACACUCGCUUUGAGUGGCGCAGUAAUGUAAUUUUCAUGAUAAUCGCUACUGUAAAAAGAAAUAAACUUUAUCAUGAAAUAUACGUAAUACUGUAUUAUACAUAUGAUAAAAUAAUAAUAUAAUACAUAGGUAUUUACAUUUUAUUUGUAUUUUUAACUAAAUUUGGUAAAACAUAACGAACAUUAGUCUGAACACUCAACGUUUAAAAUAUUAUAAAUGUUAUACGUCUGUACUUAAUAAAUAAUUAAAUAAUAAAUACAAAUUAUUAACAAUAAUCAUAAUUUAUAUUACAAAUGCAUGCCUAUUUUUAAAUAAACAUUGGGAGAUCUCCCAAUUGGGAUAUAUUGGUGUCUUCGAUAGUAUAUUACUAUUUGACAAUGGCGGUCAAAUGAUUAAUGCAUAGGAGAAAUAAUGAUAAUUUUUAAGAGCAAUCUAAUUUUUUACAUAAUCUUUUUUAUAACUAUGAAGAUAAAAUAUAAAUUCAAAUUCUGAUAUUUGGAAUUUUUAAGUGUAGUGAAAGACGAUGUUUUCGACUAUAUAGAUUUUUUACAACACUUAAAAAGCAGUAGCUGCUCCAGGAUUUUUUUCACGAUGAGUUAAUAGGGGCAAACAAAUAUUUGGUCGGGCCGUUUAGAAUACACAUUUUGAAAUUGUAAAAUUAAAAUUUAAUACCUAACACAUAAAUAAAUUUAAAAAAUAUAGAAAUGUUACGAACUCUGAUUUUUAAGAUCAGACUUAACCGAACCGAACUUUCCUUUAAAUUAACAAAACCCGAGCCUAACCGAACUUUUAAAAUAUUUUAUCGAACUCGAACAUUAAAAUAGUGUAAAAAGGUUAGGUUAGGUUAGGUUGACCUUUACGACCUUUACCAAUUUACGAUAUGAGCCCAACUAAUAAGAAAAAAUGGAAUUUCCAAACCCAACUUUCAUAACAAGACCGCUGUUCUUACCACAGAACAUCGUAUUGGUAACCCCGCAGAAUCGGCGUUGAAUAAUUUUUGAACAGAGCUAUUGAAUAUUUGGUUUGGUUCGAUUAUUUGCAAUUUUCAGUUCAUCGUAUCUCUAAUAAAAUAUUGUUUUUCUUCCUUUAUUACAUAAUAAUUACAAUUUAUCAAUAAUUUCAUCAAUGUCCAGUAACUUUGAUUCCGAUUUUUCAAUAGAAAUUAUUCUUAAAUUUGAUAGAUUUGUAUGUAAUCUGUUUUUCGAGUAAUUUUUUUACUCAUUUCAUACGAGAAAAUGUACGUUCACAUGCAGUAGAUUAUACAGGUAUUGUUAUAGCAAUAGAACAAAACUUAUAUGUUUCUGAAAAAGCUAUUUUAUAUUCAUUAAGGAAAUUAUGAAAUAAAUAAAUAUAUCAUCAAGCAUACCUCUAAUUUUCAAGUUUUUUUUUUCUUCAUAACGUUGCAAGCAUUUAAGUAUUAUAUUUAAUUUCGAUUUUAGACUUUCUGUAUCGCAUGCAUAAACUUUAGUAAACGAAAACAUAAUAGUUAAAUAGUAAAAUAUAAUAACAAUAACCACAAACCAUAUAUUAUAAUAAUAUAUAGGCUAUUGUACUAUUUUAAAUAUUACUUGAAGUUCUUGAAAUAGAUUAUUCAGGUUCAUUGGUUGAAUCUCAUCGUUAAAAUCGUUACUUUUAUUUAUGUUUUCCUUAGUCAAGAAUCACUGAUGUUUCUUUUAGACAUAUUUUUGACAACAAUUUAAUAAUAAAACUCAAUAUAGAUUACAGAUAGAUUAGGUUAGGUUAUCACUGCAAUUCUAGUCACCCAUUUCACACUACUUUUUUGAGCAUCUAAACCAUAGUACCUACUAAGAAUAGCCAAUUAAAAUUAUAUUUCAAACUUUGAAAAAAAUUAUUUGUCUUUAACUCCUCAAAUUUAACUGGAUGUUUAUAAAAAUUGACUAUAAAUAAAAGUUAAGUUUGUCCAAUUAAAACUAGUUAAGUUAAUAAUCUAACCCUAAAAAAUUAAUUAGUUUUUAUAAAGUUUAAAAAAAUUAACUUUUAACUAGUUAAUGUCAUACUUUGCUAUCUGAAAUGUGUUUCUGUUUAAUUAUUAUUAUAGUUUUAUUUUAUUUGAAAUUUUCCGGUUCUCUUCACAAGUAAUAUCAUGUCAUCCCUUUUUUUUACAACCCGCGACUUGCUUGUGAUCAUAGUCGUAUUACUUAGGGAGCGUGUGGGCUAAGUUUACUACCAUUAUUAAUUUUAACCCUCCCAAAUGACCCUUUCAAAAUGUUUGAUUAACGUUAACACCUUAGUAUAUUUCACACUUAUAUAAAAAAAAUAUCCGGUUACAUUAAGUAAAAUUAUUGAUAUAAUUUUACAAGCAGAUAUUGCUUGUAAAAUAGCUUGUAGAAAAGUUAUCUAUAAAAAAAAAAAACACAAUAUUUUACUAAUAUAUUUCGUACAUUUUCCCGUUUUUCCUCAGUAUUUUUUUUCGGUUUUUCACAUUUAAUGAGAAAACCCUUGAGAAAAUCACGACCAACCUUUAGUAUCUCUCUAUACCGAUUUCUUUACAAAAAAGGUGCUACACGUAAAAAUUGGAGCAAGUUCUCUGGUGGAAAAGUUAUCCACAGAAAAAAUAAAAAAAUCUUUGUAAAACCAUAAGCUUCUUCACUCUACUUAAAAUCUAAAAUAUUUAUACAUUAACUAUACACAGCUAUACCUAGAUACCAAUAUAACUUAGUAACUAUUUAAAUAUAAUUAAGCAUCAUCAUAUGCAACGUUUAAUGCAACGUUAUAUUAUUUUUAAGCAGGAUAGUAAUUUUUACGGUACAAAAACCAUGAAGCAAUUUACAUAACAAUUAUAAUGAAGACUACUAAGAAGCACAAGCGAAUAUACAGUAAUCAGCAAACCAUAGAACCAUACUAUACUAUUAGAUACCUGUUCAUAUUUAUCACGACAUUGAGUAAGAUUUACGUUUAAUUGACAGUUUAAUUUUAUUGAUUUUAACCUGAACAUUUUAUUUAAUAUUUGUUAUCAUAUAGCAACGGUAACGGUGUAUCAUAUUCAUAAAGAGUUAGUGAGACCAAAAUUAGAGCAUUUAGUAGUUUACGAAGUAAGUAAAAAAACAAUAUACAAACGUACAUGGUACAUGUUACUUAUGUAGUAUUUUAAGUGUAAUUAAUAACUUUGUUUAAUGUUAUAGAAUUUAACUGAUCGUGACCCAAGAGUCACUUGUCAGUUUCCUAUACUUAAUCCGUUUCAUCCGUCAAUUCUUAAAUACGUGUUUGUACCCAAGCCGAUAAGGUGAGUUGCAUAUUUUUUUUAUCUUUAAUCAGCUAAUUUUGAUUUUAUCAUUAUUUCUGGUUUUAGAUGCAUGGAAAGAUCGUAUCGGUUAACUUAUAUAGACAUGGACACAGGACUUUUACAGUUUAAUGUAUCAGGAUUCAAAGAAUCUGGGUAUUCCUUGGAUUCAAAUACACUACGGUGUUAUUAUCAAGAAAUUUAUCGUCCAAAUGAAGAUGACUACCGUGUGGAGUAUGGACCACAAAUUCCUAUUACUGGUCUCCACGAACCGCGAACGGAUUUCAUCUACGUAUCUUGCACUAAUUUUUUAGGUUUCACGGUGUAUAGUAACUUCCAUGCUUAUGCAAGAAGAAGGCCCGAAGUUCGAAAAUUUAAAGUAAACAAAAACAAAUUAUAAUUUAAAUAAUUCAUAUGUAAGAUACCGAAUCAGAUUAUCUUAGUGUAUAAUAUUUUCAAUAUAGGAUGAUAUAGAACUAGGCGCUGCUAUCAUCGGCAUUGAUUCCAUAUCGCGAUUAAAUUUUAUGAGACAGAUGGUAAAUUCCUAUCAUUUCAUUACCGAAGAGGUGGACGGCGAUGUAUUGCAUGGUUUUACCAAAGUAGGUGAAAAUACGUUUCCAAAUGUGAUCCCUAUGCUUACAGGUCGAUCGUUCAUCACAGAACACAAUAAUAGGUUUGAUGUAAGUAAUAAGUGUUAUGUAUAAUAUACGUAUAAUGUCUAUUAAAAAUGUUCACAAUUAUGAAAUGAAUUUGAUACAUUUGAUCGUUUACAUAUAAAUUAUUAAUAUGAGUAUACGAUAAUAAUAACUUCCCAGUCAUAGGCGUGUCUAUGGUGGCAGCCUAGGGUGCCUGGGGUGCUCCUACAAUUUUCAAAAAGUGCCGGUCAACCAAAUUUUAUGUCUAGUGGCUUACGACUUUUAUAAAAAAAAAAAGAUUUCUUAUGCAUUAUUUAUAAAAAAAUAGUAUUCUAUAAUAGUCUAUCAUUUUUUUUAUUCUAUAUAUUAAUACAUCAUUUAUUUUGUAAAUUACUUGACUAUAUGACAGUGUAAUCCAGUCCUGAAUAAUAUUUUUGCAAUUAAAUUUAAAGGUACUGAAUAUAUUGUGUAUUAUUAAUUGUAAAUAAAUAAUACAGACUUUUUUAAAUUAUAUAAAUAUUUAAUUUGGGGAGACUAACCUUCUCCCCCCUAUUUAAAGGGGAUUUUUUUUGGUUCAUUAAGUGGCACCGAUUAUUAGCUAGGCUGCCGCUGCAGAUAAAGUCUAGUCACGCUUAUAUUCCCAUUAUUUUAAUUGUACGUUAAAUUGUUAAAACGUAGGACUGGCCAUACAUAUGGAAAGAUUUUAGUAAGGAAGGCGCCGCGACUCUAUACGCCGAAGAUCAGCCAGAGUUUAAUAUGUUUGACUAUUUAGCCAAAGGGAUUACUUUACAACCCACUCUGCAUUACAUGCGUCCGUAUUGGUUGGCUGUAGAACAGUCAAUGUUGUAUAAGAUGAGCUCACCUGGUUGUCUCGGACCGACUCCUAAACACCUUAUCUAUUUUAAUUAUUUGAAAUCAUUCCUAAAAAUUUAUAAAGACUCACCAGUGUUCUUAUUUUCACUUUUCAAUGAAGUUAGUCAUGACUUUGUCAAUACCGUUGGGGUAAGUAUGUUAUUUUAGAUUAAAAUGUAUUUAAUCAAAUUUGUAUAUAAACAAACUUAGUGUAUUUAUUUUUUCUAGGUCAUAGAUUUAGAUUAUAUGAAAUUUCUCAAGUCUUCUAUUCACGAGGGAAUUUUUAAUCGAACUGUAAUUUUCGUGCUUGGCGAUCAUGGAAACCGAAUGGAUUUCAUUCGGCGAACUAAAGUUGGAACCAUUGAGGAUCGGAUGCCAAUGGUCACCGUAAUACUUCCAGAAUGGGUAAGCAUGAAGUAUCCCUCUUGGAAAGCAUCCCUUCGUGAAAACCGUAUGAGACUGACAUCCACCUAUGAUAUUUACGCUACAUUAAGGCAUAUAUUAAGCACAUUGAACAACCAAAGCAAAUCAACAGAUAUAGAACAAUAUUUAUUAAAUAAUAUCCAAGACAAAAACGUUAAGAAUCAUUUUGCAGCUCCGUGCACUGGUUUAUCAUUUUUCGAACCUGUACCAUUAGUUAGAGAUUGUAAUGAGGCCGGUAUAGCUCAAUGGCUAUGUGUUUGUCACGAAGGUCAGCAAAAGCGACUCGAGCAAGAACAUCCUUACUGUCUUGCAGCUUCAAACGAAGUCAUAAGGUUAGAUUUACACAACCAAAUAAUGUUAAAAACGUCAGUUUUUAAUAUUUUUUUUUUAUAAAACACAUAAAUAUAAUAAAAUGUUCUACAUAUCAUUUACAGUUUACAAAUAUUUACUAAAUUCUAGUAAUUAUUUGUUUUUUGUUUUUUUUUAAAAAAAAGAUAAUUAUAAUAUAUAUAGAUCUAGAUUUUAAACGACCAUUUAUAUCAUAUAUACUUUUUACAGAUACUUUAACGAAUUAUUGGAUGGUCUCGAAAAUUGUGCGAAAAUGAAAUUGGCUUUUGUAGAACACGCGUAUUUGUACGAAGCACCGCAAAAAUACGACGAUGGGAAGGUGUACGAAAAAUCUGUUCAGAUCACAUUCAAAGCCAUUCCAGGUAAUGGAUAUUUUGAAGCUACACUAGGUAUGGAAAUAAAAAACGGAUCACGAAAAUUCGUUGUUAUUGGACAAGUCUUUAGAAUUAACAAAUACGGCCAUCAAGCAGACUGUUUACCGAGAACGAUGCUUGCUAAAAUGCCAAUUUUGAAAGGAAUUUGUUAUUGUGAUUAAAUACAUUAUAUAUUAUCUAUAUUACCAAUUAAUACUACUAUGAUAUGUAUAUUACUCAAAUGUACAGUUGUUUAAUUAUACAAAUGACUGAAAAUUUAAAUUUAAUACCUAAACUAAUAUGUAUUACUAUUUACUCAUGAACUAUACAAAUGUAUUAUAUUUAUAGAUAUGCAGGAGGUAAAAUAUUAAGAGAAAUUAAGACACUUAAUUGAGUCGAUUUCAUAUAAAUUGUUGUUAAUGUU